UCUGUGAUAAAAUUUCUCCGUACGUCAUUAUUGUUACAAUGAACAGUCGCUCUUCGACAACGACUAAGUGAAUCUCGAAUCGUGAAUUGUGAAAAACAAUGUGGCCUGUGUUGCUGUCGGUGUUUUUGGCAUUUUUAUGUUUCGCUCAUGGCUCUACAAAUUUCGUGGAAAUUUCUACUGAUCAUGAGGAGUUAGUGAGUUUUGGUUUAACUGGCCGUAUAGUUAAUGGAACGAAAGCAGCUUUAAAACAAUUUCCUCAUCAGGUUUCUUUGAUGCGCAGCUGGUCCCGAAGCCAUUUUUGCGGCGGAAGCAUCAUAAGCACGAAACUAAUACUUACUGCAGCGCACUGUUUGUAUCUUAAUGGUGUUACUAUUCAACCAUGGUCGAUUAUUGUGGUCGGAGGAAUUCUAAAACUAAAUGAGAAAACUUCGACAAGACAGGAAAGAGGUGUGGCGAAAUUUAAAAUUCAUCCAGAGUUUAAUUUAACGAUUCUGCACAACGAUGUUGCCGUUUUAGAACUAUCGGUACCCUUUGCAUUUACUUCGGAAGUUCACAAUAUUGCUUUGACAGGGAAUCCGCCUGUACCCAAAACUCUCUGUCAAGUAUCAGGAUGGGGUUAUCUAAACGAGAAUAACUCGAUAGUGUCCGAAGAUUUGAUGUACGUGGAUCUGCCCAUUCGAUCAACAAAAGAAUGCCGUGAAUUACUUAUAAACAUAACAGAUUUGCCAGCGGGCAUGUUUUGCGCCGGGUACCUGGAAGGAGGAAGAGACAGCUGCCAAGGUGAUUCUGGCGGUGGGAUGGUCUGCAACGGUAUUUUGACUGGUAUUGUCAGUGGCGGUGAGGGUUGCGCUCGGCCACGGACCCCUGGAGUAUAUACAAAUAUCUUUUACUAUAUGAAUUGGAUAUCAGAGAAUAAUAUAAUAAUGGUGACAAAACUUAAUAAUUCCACUAAUAAUUUUAUUAAGAGUGUCACUUAUAAUCAUAGUACGCAUAAAAUGCCAACGAUUAUAGUCGUGAUGAUUUCUUUUUCUUUUAUAUUGUUAUCGAUGCCUUACUCUUGAAGUCAAGUCUUUAUUGACUUUGAUAAUCUUGUUCGAUGAUACUCUUAAAAUCGGGAUUGACAGUUCAAUAAAUAUAGAAAUAGUUUAUGAAUUUAUGUUUGUAACAUGUUAUAUAUAAUAUAAUGAAUAGAAUCUAUCGCGCGAGAUGAAU